GUGAUGCGCGUAGUAUAGUUCUAAUUCUUAGCAACAGUAUUCCCACAGACACGAGAACACAUCCUGGUACUAGAUACACACGUGUUGUGACAAUAGGAAUUAAUAUUGGAUAUUUAUAUUUCAUCGUUAGUAUGACUGUUUUCACGGGGACAAGCUGUUUCCCAUAGCGGUACUCCAACGCGUGGUAUUUGUGACCAGCAGACGUAUGAGGGACUAAAAAAUCAUGAAUACCUCGAGGUUCCUCAGACUUAAUUUGGAACUAGACAUUCAAGAGCGGAUGACACGAACAAAUGGACGAUGGACGGACAACACCUGCUGUCGAUGAGGAGACGCCACAAGUGGACUCACAUGCGGUCACUUAAGGUCCCUGUGCGGUAAGAGCCAUGACGUCACACGCCUGUCGGGGGAAAUGUACCGGGCUCCUGUGGGGAUUUUUCCUGAUGGCUAUCCUCACGUAUCUUCUUCUCUAUAUUAAACUGACCAAUAGAAACACACCGAAACAUCACAUGACCGCAUACUGGCUGCAGUGGAUCGCCUUUAUGGAUUCGAAGAAAAUUAAUUCUGCAUUCGAUAGUUCAAAUAACGAAUCAUCUAAGUUCAAUGAUUCUAUAAAUUGUAUAUCUCAAAAUUUAACGACGGAAAUUUUGGAUUUGUGUCAAAAAUCUGAAAGAGGUGCCACCGAUAAUGGCUUUAUUCCUUUUAACAAAUUUGAAUACCCACUCGAAAUUGAUAUGAACGAUUUAGUAUCAAACCUUAAGACAGCGAAGAACGUAUCAAUAAAGCCAAUAUUUUCCUAUCCGUACACUUUCGUCAAAUCUCCCACUUGGAUGUGUGAAUACAGGGACGUACGUCUGCUUAUUUUGGUGAAAUCUGGAGUGAGCCACUUUAAAAGGCGGGAAAUGAUUCGUUACACAUGGGGAAAUUACACAGAAUCAGGUGUCGUGACCUUAUUUCUAUUGGGGUCAACGCCACACGUGAUGUUUCAACGACGAAUUUUACAAGAACAUCAUCACUAUGGUGAUAUUUUACAGAUGUCCUUCUUUGACGCCUACUACAAUAAUACCUUGAAGACGGUUGGUGGGAUAAAAUGGGCGCGAAAUCAUUGUAACCAAUCAAAAUUUGUCUUAUUUACCGAUGAUGAUUUUUAUAUAGCAACAGAAUUAUUGUUGAAAUACAUUGAAAAUAUGCAACGUUUUGAAAGAACUUCCGUGUACAGAGGGGCUAUGUGGAAACGUGGACGCCCGAUAAGGAAUGAGCUUAAUAAAUGGUAUAUUUCUCGACAGGACUACCCGUUUGACCAUUACCCGGAUUUCGUCGCGGCUGGAUUCAUGCUAAUGUCUAUAGACUUUGUUAUAGAUUUAGAUCUAGCUAUUCCGUAUACCAAAAAGUUUAUAUUUGAUGAUGUGUUCAUAUCAAUAGUUGCUUACAAAUUGCAUGUACAACCAUCACAUAUGAACAGCGUACAUAUAAACAAAUUUCCGUACAAUCGAGAGGGUUUCCGACAAAUUAUAGCCUCCCACGGAUACGAUCGGACUUCUACGUUACAGCAAGCCUGGUGGAUACACCAAAAUAGACACCUACAUAAAUCCGGUAGAAAGAGUAUCAGAGCUUACAGCGUCAGAGCUACUUAGUCCAACGAAGGGGAUUUCACCCAAGAAUUCUGCGCUUUUACGUAUUUUGGUAAAAAAAAAUAUUCGCAAAGCAAGAUCUUCCAUCUUCAGAAUCUUAUGCAUUUGUGUAAUUUUAUUUUUAUUUAUUGCCAAAAAAGAAGACGAAUGGAAAUGUGGUCAUAAUUAUGCAUUUUAGGCCUACUGUAUAAUGAAGUGAUUUAUGUCGUAGCGGUAAAUUUCCAUGUUUAUAUCUACCAGAAUGAGCAUAGAUGAUGGGCUUGUGAUAAUGAUUAUUAUCAUUAAUAAUUAUCAUUAUCACUAAUCCGGCACUACUAUCCGUCCAAUUUUCUACUUUAUAUUUCUUUUAUAGUGUCCGGUACAUUCUACUGUAAGAUGUGACAGCUGCCCCGCGUGAGCGUCGAACCCGCGACCAUGUGACGGACGGCUAGUGAUCCGAGAAGGCCAGGCGCCUUAAACACUCGCCCUCCGCUGCCAUCAAUUACGUAUGAGGUGUUUUUUUUAAAUCCAAACAAUAUAUAUGAAUAUAUAAACAACAUUUUCAUUGUGUAAUACGAUCAAGACUUCGAUUAUCCUGGAAAUCGAUUACCGUUUGCAUUUUUUUUGAAGUUUUCUUUUUUUUGUAUACAUCCGGAAAACCGUUACUAUGGACAUUUUGAGAUCAAUUGUUUCGGAUUAACUUGAACUACAUUCACGCCAAAACAGAUAUGUUCCUUUGCAGAAAUAUUGAACGUGAAAUUGGUACUAGCGCCGGUUAUUGUUGGUCAGCUUCAAAAACCACCUAAUGAAAUGUUUAAAAAAGUAAGUAAAGCUUUCAAGUGUGGAUAUUUCCCAAAACUGAAUUUUUGGAAAAUAUUUAAGCGUAAACGGGGUUGAUUAGCCUAAAUCAAAAUAUGAAAAUGUGUGUCGAAAGUCGUGGAAAAUCUAAUAUUUACACACCGUUGGUACCGAUCGGGAACCGUCGGC